CGGCAACGGGAUCUCUAUGCUCGCCGCCAACGCGCUCGUCGUCGCGCUCGCCGCUUUACCAGCCGAGGCCUUUGGUCUGAGGCCCGCCGUUGUGGCAGGCCGCCGCGGCGUCAUCUCGCAGGGUGCAUGCGCCGCUGCCGCUGCCGCCGCCGCAGCCUGCUCGGCGCAGCCGGCGCUUGCCUUCGCCGGCGAGGGCUCCCUGCCCAAGGAGGAGGUUCUCCGUGCGGCGGAGAAGCUGACCGACUUUCAGCGGGCCAUCUCUCUGGACGCUGCGACCGAGCGCUCCUUCACGGGCAAGACGGUAAACGGCUACGCGUGGGACGUGAAGGAGAAGGGAACUUGGGUAGGUGCUCUCUCCGGCAAGGCGCUGUUCGAAUCUGAGACCAAGUACGACAGCGGCACGGGCUGGCCCUCGUUCUCCGCGCCGGUGCCCGGUGGCGUGAUUGAGCGUCUCGACCCAGGCGAUCUUGCUGACGCGCGGCGGGCUCUGAUGAUGGGUGGGAUUCGGACGGAGGUGAUUGACGCCGCCUCGGGCGCGCAUCUUGGGCAUGUGUUCAACGACGGCCCCAAGCCGACGGGCAAGCGCUACUGCAUGAACGCGGGCGCCAUGGCGUUUGUCCCUGCCAAGUGAGGAGGGAGUGAGACCGGGCCGCGGUGCGGGUUCAGGUGGGACCAGGGAGGCCCCGCUCUUUGGGGUCGUGUGAUCUGUCUACAGGUACAGCAAAUAGGCCAUCCCCAAUCAUGAACCCGUCAUGUGACGUGGUGACUGGUGUGUGAUCUGUCUACAGCAAAUAGGCCAUCCCCAAUCAUGAACCCGUCAUGUGACGUGGUGUGAUGACGGCGGCGGUUCUCGGUACUCGGAGAGAAACAAAUGCUCGCAAA